AUGCCGGGACCCUCUCCCGGCGACUCCCCAGAGAGGGAGGUGGGGGCCGGCAGAGGGCAGCGGGGGCCCGGCCGGGGCAGGCGGGUGCGGUUCCGUCUGCCCCCCACCGCCAUCGCGCUGCCGUCGGUGCACGAGGAGGAGCAGGUUUUCUACCGGCGGCUGGAGGCUCUGGCGACCCCAGGCCCCGGCGGCUUCGGGCCGCUCUUCGCGGCCGACGGCUGGAGCGACCUGACGGAGGACCGGCUGCUGCGGAAGCGCGUGGUGAGGGACGGGCAGGACGGGCUGCGGCCGCGGCCGGGGCAGGAGGUGUCGGUGAAGGUGCUGGGCGCGCUGGAGGACGGAGCGCUGGUGGAGCGGGACCCGCGGCUCACCUUCGUGCCGGGCUACGGCGACGUCGUGCAGGAUCGGGGCGAGCAGGGGCUGGGCACGGGCAGCCGGUGCUGUACCCGCAGGGAGCCCGACGUGCCGCCCGAGGCGCCGCUGCUGUUCGAGGUGACACUGCUGGAGGUGCGGGACGGCCUCGAGCAGCAGCCGCUGCCGCCCGCUGCCCGCCUGCGCCUGGGAGCGCAGCGCAGGGAACGGGGCAACUUCCACUUCACGCGGGGCGACUUCCCGGCCGCGCUGCGCUCCUACCGCCUGGCGCUGAGCGCCCUGGACGGCCCUGCCGCCGCCCCCCCCGGGCCGCACGAGGAAGAGGAGCUGCGGGAGCAGCGCGUCAAGUGCUUCAACAACUGCGCGGCCGCGGAGCUGAAGCUGCAGCGGGUGGAGGAGGCGCUGGCGGCCUGCGAGGCGGCGCUGAGCAUCAGCCCGGACAACGGCCGGGCCCUGCUGCGCCGAGGGCAGCUGCUGGCGCAGCAGGGCCGGGACGCGGAGGCCGCGUUGGUUCUGAGGAGAGCCCUGGAGCUGGACCCUGCCAACGAGGUCUGUCCGGGCGGGGAGCGCUGCUCGGGGCCCAGCGGGACCGGCGGGGGUCCCUCCGCAGCCUCGGCCGCCGCAGCCGCUCUGCCGCCCGCAGGUGGUCCACGCGGAGCUGUCGCGGCUGGUGAAGCGCCGGAGCGCCCCGGGCCCCGCCGCCCCACAGGAGCCACCCCCCGGCCCGACGCCGCCGAGCUCCGGGUGCGCGGCCGCGCCGUCGGACCGGGCUGCCCGCGGGAGGGUCGGGGCCGGAGCCCGCUCGACGCCAUGGCGCUCACGGCUCCCGCCCCGCAGGGACCCGGCCCCGCCCUCGGCGGAAGGAGCGGCCUGAGCAGAGCCCGUCCCGAGGAGCGGCCCCACCGGGAGCGGAGGGGAGGCGGAGAACCGGAGACAGCGGAGGGAGCCGAGCGGACAGCGCCCGCCCCCCGCCCGACGAGGCCACGCCCCCUCCGUUGCGCCACGAAUGGGCGUGUCCCCUCAGGCACCGCCCACUGGCGCGUGGGCGCGGCUCCGGCGCCUGCGCUUCGGCUUCCGCCUUUUUCGCCCCCGACGGCAGCCUGGCAGCCGUAG